UUUGCUCUUGUUUUCUCUUUCUGCCAGGAGGUGAAACGGCAGAAAUGCCUGACAUGUACCCUCCUGGAGAGUAUGAUCUAGCUGGUUUUGCCGUUGGUGCAAUGGAGCGGGAUCAGAAACUCCCUCACCUGGAAAGAAUCACUGAAGGGGACGCUGUUAUUGGAAUAGCUUCAUCUGGUCUUCACAGCAAUGGAUUUAGCCUUGUGAGGAAAAUUGUAGCGAAAUCUUCCCUUCGGUACUCCUCUCCAGCACCUGAUGGCUGUGGUGGCCAGGCCUUAGGUGACUUACUUCUAACUCCAACCAGAAUCUACAGCCAUUCACUGUUACCUGUCCUGCGUUCAGGACAUGUUAAGGCCUUUGCACAUAUUACCGGUGGGGGAUUGCUAGAAAACAUCCCCAGAGUCCUACCUCAGAAAUUUGGGGUGGAUUUAGAUGCCCAGACCUGGAGGAUCCCCAGGAUCUUCUCGUGGUUACAGCAGGAAGGACACCUCUCUGAAGAAGAGAUGGCCAGAACAUUUAACUGUGGGAUUGGGGCUGCCCUCGUGGUAUCCAAGGAUCUGACACAGCAGAUUCUGCAGGACAUUCAGCAGCACAAGGAAGAAGCCUGGGUGAUCGGCAGAGUGGUUGCAUGUCCUGAAGGUUCUCCUCGUGUGAAAGUCAAGCAUCUGAUUGAAACCAUGCAAAUAAAUGGAUCAGUAUUGGAGAAUGGCACCCUGAAAAAUCAUUUCUCUGUUCAACCAAAAAAGGCAAGAGUAGCUGUCUUAAUAUCUGGGACAGGAUCAAACCUCCAAGCUCUCAUAGACAGUACUAGGGAGCCAGGUAGCUCUGCACACAUUGUUGUUGUGAUCUCCAACAAAGCUGCAGUGACUGGCUUAGAUAAAGCAGAAAGAGCCGGAAUUCCCACCAGAGUAAUUAAUCAUAAAUUAUAUAAAAAUCGUGUAGCAUUUGACACCACAGUAGACCAAGUCCUUGAAGAGUUCUCCACAGACAUAGUGUGUCUUGCAGGAUUCAUGAGAAUUUUAUCUGGCCCCUUUGUCAGAAAAUGGAAUGGCAAAAUGCUCAACAUCCACCCAUCCUUGCUCCCUUCGUUUAAGGGUUCAAAUGCCCAUGAACAAGUCUUGGAUGCCGGGGUCACCGUCACUGGGUGCACCGUGCACUUUGUAGCUGAAGAUGUAGAUGCUGGACAAAUUAUUUUACAAGAAGCUGUUCCGGUGAAGAGGGGUGACACUGUUGAAACUCUAUCUGAAAGAGUAAAAUUAGCAGAACAUAAAAUAUUUCCCUCAGCCCUCCAGCUGGUGGCCAGUGGAACUGUACGGCUUGGAGAAAAUGGCAAGAUCUGUUGGGUCGGAGAGGAGUGAAGCAUCCUAAUCCAAGAAUGGAGCCAGCUUUGAAAGAAUUCUAGCUGCUUCCAGGGUGACUUUUAUCGUGGACUCAGCCUGAAAGAUAUCUAAGACAUAUAUGUAUUGCUUCCAGUGGUCUUUCAGGUUUUACCUGUUUGGGGCCUUUUUGUUCAUCAUCAAAACAGGCAUUCAGAAUUCCUUUUACUUUCAGCCAAAUAAGAUACCAAAACUUAAUCUUUCUUACAUUCUUUUUCAAAGAGCCAAGAAGUCUAAUAAGUUAAUAUCUCUUCCCCAUAUUGUAUAUCUGUACUGAUUUGAAUUGAGACUUCUCUAAUUAUUCUGAUCCUAAGUUAGUGUCAUAAAAUGUUGAGGUAGCUCCCAUUUCUGAGGGAUAGUGUUCUUUGUACUUCGAAAUACAUUACACAUUCCUAUAAUAGUUGACAAUUUUUGUAAUACCCAGAUUUUAGCUUCACAGUUUGGGAGGAUGGAAGGCAGUCUACUCAGACUAGUAAAGAGUAUAAUGGGACUGCAGGAUUUCCCACUCUAGCCAGUCAUUUCUAAUGUGGGUAUGCAGUUCUGGAACCGGGAGGUCUGGGUUGACAUACUGGGCCACAUGUGCAUGACCCUACACAGAGGACCACAUUUCUGUCGUAGCUGAGCAAGCAGGGAAUGGCCACCUGGCCCACAGGCAGCCAGCCAGCCGUAGACUGCUGAGCCACCUUCAGGGUGGCCUAAGAGCUCUGCCUGCCCAACAGGGGGGCACCUUACUGGAAGGGUACCCCGAAGCCCUGUUCAAGUCCUCCCUUGGAGUUUAAACUCAAAACUUAACGGCACAGGACUCUUACAGUAGUUAUAUACAGAAGAGGGUAAACUCUCGCCUUAAUACAGGAAAGAGUAGAGGGUCAAGAGAAGCAGAGUGCCAGAAAAAAGGACGGACACCUUUGCCAAGAGACCCUCAUCACUGCCUCUGGUGCAAGUCAGCUUCCCCAGGCAGCUGGCCAACAUUACCCGACCUCUCCUUGACUGUGGUCGGCAGCUGCCAUCAAAUGACGUCCAGGUACAUCAUUUCACAUAGGUGUCUUUGCUGCAAAAACAAUUGACGCAUUUUUUUCUAGGGUCCACUCAACAUAAUAAGCACCUAUUAUGUAUAUGCCAAACUAUCCUAUGAAGUUUUUAGAAAGUUAGAAGAUAUAAAGGAAAAUGUUAUUGGUUGAUAAAAUCAUAUACUGUAAUAAAAGUAGAAGCUGGUACCAGGGUAAAUUAGAAAAAUCAGUAAGAGUUUAUGACUUUAGAAAUACAAUUUUCCAGCCCUUAUUUAGACACUAAUAUCCACUAAAAGGAACCUGGACACCAUGGAAGGUAGCUGAUUCAGUAUCUUCAGAUAGGAAGAAUCAAAUUGUGUCUGAAAUAUGUGGUUGACAGAAACCAAAAAAAAAAAGUUGGAAGUAGCAGGGAUGAUACUGAAAGGACAGAGGGAGUCAGCUGAAAGGGUGUCCUACUGUCUAGUUUGUGAUAAUAUUAUUUGGACAUGUUGAGUGUGUGAGCAGCUGUUGGUUUAUAAUGAUACUCAGAGAAAAGGUCAUUUAAGUUAUGAAAAAGGCAAUGAAUAGAAGGGUGAAAAUAAGAUGUGAGUCUUUUAUUAAUGUAAUAAAUAUGGAUAUUUGCCUUUUAUUAUAGAUGUCUCUGUUUCUAUUUGUGUAAGCAGGAGUAAAACAAAUGAGCCCCUACAUCGUGUUCAGGUAGAAAGAUACGGGGUGGAUAGGGGAAAGAGGGUUCAACUGUUAAUCAGUUCUGCUGGUUACACACAACAAUCAAAAAGGAUUCAAAUGUGAGUUCCAAAAUGAUGAGUAAGCCAAAUAUUCUAAAGAGGAAUGUUAUAAUAAUUUCUAAGAGAUUUCAGUCUCUAAAUGUUCCUUCUUAAAUUUUUUACCAUUUUUAACUACUAUACAUAACUACUAUACAUAAACUUUAAAAAUAACUCAAGUACAGGGAAUUCCCUGGCAGUCCAGUAGUUAGAACUCGGCACUUUCACUGCCGAGGACCCAGGUUCAAUCCCUGAUCGGGGAUUGUUCAUCAAGAUCCCACAAGCCACGCGGCACAGCCAAAAAUAAUUAAAUAAAUAAAAUAAGUACAAUAUGGUAUUUAAUUAUAAUAAUAAUUAUAAUAAAGUUUAACGACUGGUACAGCUAGUCCCUCCUCAUUACUUUUUUUCAGAAUUUUCUUAGCUA